UCAAUCAGGGCAUUACAAAUAUUAGUCUUACACAAAUAGCCAUUUUUGUCUGCGUACAUGUGAAUCCAUUUCCCAACCUCAAGAGCUCCAAGCUGCGCACAUGCCGGCAGGACUGACACAAUACUAAUCUCAUCAGGCUCAAUUCCUACCACUUGCAUUCGGCGAAAAACAUCCAAAGCAUCCACAUAGCACCCGGUUCGAGCAUACCCCGAAAUCAUCGUUGUCCAAGAGACAAUAGUCUUGUUUGGCAUAUCCUCAAACAUUGCUCUUGCCUUUCUCAUCUGUCCCAGCCUAACAAGCCCAGAAAGCAUACUAUUCCAAGAAAUUGCAUUUCUUUCAGUCAUGUCCUCAAACACUUUGUGUGCGUCUGUCAAAUUGUCACAUUUGGUGUACAUGUCUACUAGUGCAUUCUCUAUUAUCAAAUUUGUCUUCGGCCCAAACUUACACAACUGGGCAUGAACCUGCUGGCCCAGAAAGUGACACGAAAGCCCUGCACAGCCCUUUAUCACAAAUGGGAAUGUGAAUUUAUCAGGAAAAAUGGGAUUUUCAGCUUGUGGAUGUCUUAGCAUUUUCUUGUACAGGAUGACUGCUACACUAUACUUAUGGUUGUGUGUGUAAGCUCUGAUCAUAGCAUUGUACAAAAACCCAUUUGGCUCAACCACUUGCUUGAACAGCAAACUUGCAUACUCCAUAUUCCCACUGCUGUCACACACAUCCACCAUUUUUGUCAACAAGAAGUUGCUCUGUGAUAGUGACAACUUCACAAUGGGUGCAUGGAUUUUCUUCAAUCCCUCUAUGUUUACGCAGUUUCGCAACACGGGCACGAAAAGAUCUUCCAAUUCUCUACUGACAAAGGCGCUGGUUCUCGUUCCCAUUAAUGACUUUUGUUAAAGAUCUUUGCAAUAGUUACUACUAAGCAACUGAGUUGGAAAAAUGCUAUCCUAUUUAGUUUCGUGAUAUAGAUGGGAAGUUCGCGGCACGGGUAGGAGCAGAUGUUCCAGUUCUAUAAUAAAUAAUGAGUGAGCGACAGAGAUUUGCAAACCUGCUGAGGAACUGUUCGAAGAAUUUGUUACUUGAGCAGGGAUUGCAAGGUCAUGGGGCUGUAGUAAAAAUGGGGCUUGGGCUUGAUUUGAUGUUAAACAAUGAUCUUAUAGAUAUGUAUGGAAAAUGUGGCAGAAUAGACCUCGCUUGUGCUGUGUUCGAUAGAAUGCUUGAAAGAAAUGUUGUUUCUUGGACAUCUCUAAUGUGUGGCUACUUACAAAAUGGCAAUGCCAACGGGACACUAUCACUCUUCCGCAAAAUGGGGUCUUCGGGCAUUAAGCCAAAUGAGUUCACAUUUUCAACCAAUCUUAAAGCAUCAUGGAUUUUGGGAAUCCCAGAGAAUGGAAUGCAGAUCCAUAGCGUUUGCACUAAAACUGGGUUUCAAUGGGUGCCUGCGGUGGCCAAUUCUAUCAUUGACAUGUACUCUAGAUGUGGAAGAAUCAGUGACGCAGCUCAAAUGUUUGACAGCAUGCCUGUUAGGAAUCUUAUCACUUGGAAUGCAAUGAUAGCUGGAUACGCACUUGAACGAAGUGGUGACAGAGCUCUACUUUUGUUCCAGAAAAUGCAAGAACAGGGGGAAAUACCUGAUGAAUUCACGUAUACAAGCACAUUAAAGGCUUGUAGUAGCCUCGGAGCCAUGCAGGAAGGAACCCAAAUUCAUGCUUCAUUGAUUGCAAGAGGAUUCCCAUUUUCGGUUCAGACCACUAUUGCAGGUGCUCUAGUUGAUCUGUAUGUCAAAUGCAGUGACUUGAUUAAAGCUCGGAGAGUAUUUGAUCAAAUUGAAGAGAAGAAUGUGAUAUCUUGGAGCUCACUAAUUCUCGGUUAUGCUCAAGAAGGGGAUUUACUAGAGGCCAUGGACUUGUUUAGGCAUCUCAGGGAGAGUAAACAUCAAGUAGAUGGAUUUGUUCUCUCAAGCCUGAUGGGUGUCUUUGCUGAUUUUGCACUUGUAGAGCAAGGCAAGCAAAUACAUGCCUACACCAUCAAAGUCCCAUCUGGACUAGACAUGUCAGUGGCCAAUUCAUUGGUGGAUAUGUAUCUCAAGUGUGGGUUAACAGAUGAGGCAGAAAGACUUUUCGGUGAAAUCCCGGUGAGAAAUGUUAUUUCUUGGACAGUUAUGAUCACUGGCUAUGGAAAACAUGGUCUGGGAAAAAAAGCAAUUCAUCUUUUCAACAAAAUGCAAUCGGAUGAUAUUGAGCCCGAUGGUGUGACUUAUUUGGCGGUGCUCUCAGCCUGCAGCCAUUCUGGACUCAUCGAAGAAAGUCAAGAAUACUUCUCAAGAUUGUGUAGUGACCCACGAAUUAAACCAAGAGUAGAGCACUAUGCUUGCAUGGUUGAUCUCCUUGGCCGAGCUGGGCGCUUAAAAGAAGCUAAGAAUCUCAUUGAGAGCAUGCCGCUAAAACCCAAUGUAGGGAUUUGGCAGACACUGAUUAGUGCUUGUAGAGUACAUGGAGACCUGGAAAUGGGGAGGGAAGUAGGAGAGAUACUUUUGAGAUUAGAUGGCGACAAUCCGGUCAACUAUGUGAUGAUGUCAAAUAUUUUUGCUGAGGCAGGGUAUUGGAAAGACUGUGAGAGAAUAAGACAAACAGUGAAGAUGAAGAGGUUAAAGAAAGAGGCAGGACGUAGUUGGGUGGAGAUUGACAAGGAGGUCCACUUUUUCUACAAUGGAGAGGACACGCACCCACUUACAGAGAAAAUUCAUGAGGUGUUGAAGGAAAUGGAGAAGAGGAUCAAAGAAGAGGUGGGUUAUGUUCAUAGGGUGAGGUUUGCACUGCAUGAUGUGGAAGAUGAGUCAAAGGAGGAGAGCUUGAGAGUUCAUAGUGAGAAGUUGGCAAUUGGUUUGGCAUUGGUUUGUGGUGAGUUGGAAAAUGAAGAAAGGAGGGUGAUUAGGAUUUUCAAGAACUUGAGAGUUUGUGGGGAUUGUCAUGUGUUCAUUAAAGGUUUGUCAAAAGUUUUGAAGGUGGUAUUGGUAGUGAGAGAUGCAAAUAGGUUUCACAAGUUUGAGGAUGGCUUGUGUUCUUGUGGAGAUUAUUGGUGAUCGUAUUCUUCUCAAUGCUGCGGAUUCUUUUCUUGAAGGGAAUGGCUUGUGCGUCCUCACCAAUUGUCUUGCUCAAGCUUUGGAAAAUCAUACACUUUUGCUCAACCAGACACUGUCCUUUUGCUUGAACACAAGAAAGAGGGUAUUGAAGCAAAAUAAAGGAGACAGACAGCCUCUGCUACACCUACAAGUGGAAGCAGGGCCUACUUGGGUGGUUGGUUGGUUGGGGACUACGUGUUGUUGGUCUACCUGAUUCUUGAGAGUUGAGAUAGUGACCGUGCGACGAUGGGCUUACCUUCAAUCUGUAGAGUCCGAUUUGUAAGGCAAAACAAGAUAACUCGAGCUCAAAAUUUGGCAAAGAGCAGCUCACAUCCGAGGAUGGGACGACACUUAGUGUUGGUUGACAAAGUUGACCGUACGCUGAUAAUUCAAAGAAGACUUGCGAAAACAAGGAACAAACACGGGUGACUCACAAGAUAUACGGCGGAGGACAUUUCGAUGCUUAAGUUAAUGAAUUGUUUGAGAGAGGAAACAAGGGGUAAGAGAAUGAGAAUGAGAAUGGAAAAAUGCGUGUACCUCAAAAUAGGGUUUGUCACCUUUAUUUAUAAGACUGUAGUCGUUAAGGCAAGUAGGUUUGUUUGAUAUGACAAUUUUUUUUUUUUUUUGUUUUUUUUAAUAAGCAUAAUAUCAUUAAAAAAUGUAAAGCACAGUCAAGUAUACAGAGAGUAUACAAGAAGAGAGUCUAAGACUUGAUAUGACAAGUAUUGAAGGUCCAGGGUAUGUUAUGGAAAGUCGUAUAUUCUCCUUAAUGGCUUUCCUUAGAGGGUGUUCUCACGAAUUCUUCUCUUAUCGAGCCAAAUUUAAAUAGGUGGAUACCUUAUGUACUU